CGGUUUCUCUUCGAAAGCAUCUGAGCCGUUACCCCGCAAUACUCACUCACUCACACACUUCUCUCUCUCUCUCUGCUUCAACAGUGACUUUCUCUCUCCCAUUUCGCUUCUACGGCUCCAUUUCCCUGACAUUACUCUUUGAUUUCGCUUCACGGGGAACUGCUUCGUUCUCACUUUUUCUCUCUCUGGCUCUUUAGGGUUAGGGUUUCGGCAUUAUGGUGUGAAGGCUCUGUGGACUGGUUUGGCUGAGGGUUUUGGGAGAUCGAAGCCGAGAUUGAGGUUUUUGUAGUGUGAUGGGGAAUUGUUGCAGAUCUCCCGCGGCUGUUGCGAGAGAGGAUGUGAAAUCGAGCUUUUCAGGACAGGAUCCCAGCCGUCGGGACUCGAAUGCGGGAAAGAAGGCUCCGGUUACGGUCUUGAAUGGCGUGCCGAAGGAGAAUAUUGAGGAGAAGUAUUUAGUGGAUCGAGAGCUUGGCCGAGGCGAGUUCGGUGUUACGUACCUUUGUAUAGACCGCCAAACGAGGGAUUUAUUGGCUUGUAAGAGUAUUUCGAAGCGGAAGCUGAGGACGGCUGUGGACGUUGAGGAUGUGAGGCGUGAAGUCGCAAUUAUGAAGCACUUGCCCAAGAAUUCGAGCAUUGUGAGUUUGAAGGAGGCGUGUGAGGAUGAAAAUGCAGUGCAUUUGGUGAUGGAAUUGUGCGAGGGCGGUGAGCUUUUUGAUCGGAUUGUGGCGAGAGGACAUUACACGGAGCGAGCGGCUGCGGCUGUCAUGAGGACAAUAGUUGAGGUUGUGCAACUCUGCCACAAGCACGGGGUAAUUCACAGAGACUUGAAGCCUGAAAAUUUCUUGUUUGCUAACAAGAAGGAGAAUUCCCCUCUCAAGGCAAUAGAUUUUGGAUUAUCUAUAUUCUUCAAGCCAGGUGAAAAGUUCUCCGAAAUUGUUGGAAGUCCAUAUUACAUGGCCCCGGAGGUGUUGAAGCGAAAUUAUGGACCAGAAAUAGACAUAUGGAGUGCAGGGGUCAUUUUAUACAUCUUGUUGUGCGGAGUUCCUCCCUUUUGGGCUGAGACUGAACAAGGGGUGGCUCAAGCUAUUCUCCGUGGGCUGAUAGAUUUCAAACGUGAUCCAUGGCCCUGUAUCUCAGAGAGUGCUAAAAGUCUUGUGAAGCAAAUGUUGGAGCCAGAUCCAAAGCUUCGUUUGACUGCAAAGCAAGUUCUUGAUCAUCCUUGGCUUCAAAAUAUUAAAAAAGCUCCAAAUGUUCCACUUGGAGAUGUUGUCAAAUCAAGGCUCAAGCAGUUUUCCAUGAUGAACAGAUUUAAGAGAAAGGCCUUACGGGUUAUUGCUGAUUUCUUAUCCACCGAAGAAGUUGAAGAUAUCAAAGAAAUGUUCAAGAAGAUUGACACUGAUAAUGAUGGUAUUGUUAAUAUUGAAGAACUGAAGGCUGGCGUUCACAACUUAAGCUCUCAACUCGGCGAGCAUGAAAUUGAGAUGUUAAUUGAAGCUGUUGAUACCAACGGGAAAGGCACAUUGGACUACGGAGAAUUUGUUGCAGUGUCGCUUCAUCUACAAAGAAUGGCGAAUGAUGAGCACCUUAGGAAGGCAUUUUCGUACUUCGAUAAGGAUGGAAACGGUUACAUCGAGCCAGACGAACUUCGUGAUGCUUUAGUAGAAGAUGGAGCAGAUGAUUGUACAGAUGUUGCAAAUGACAUCUUUCAGGAAGUAGAUACAAACAAGGAUGGGCUUAUAAGUUAUGAUGAAUUCGUGGCUAUGAUGAAAACGGGCACGGAUUGGAGGAAGGCUUCUCGGCACUACUCAAGAGGAAGAUUUAACAGUCUGAGCAUCAAGCUGAUGAAAGAUGGAUCGCUAAACUUGGGGAGUGAAUAAUAAUAAUAAUACAGCGAUGAUUUGGAGGAGAGAGUGGAUUUAGUAUUUGGUUGAUUCACAUAGAGAAGCACUGUAACGUAACAUUGGGCUUACAUCUGAGAGUUGCGUUGCUUUCUUGUGUGCUUAUUUGUUGGGUGGGGCCCGGCCCAUUCGAUUAGGAUAUGGCGGCCCAUUAGCGUGAUUGCAGGCUCAGUAUGUGUCUAAUUGGUCCCACCUAAAAUGUUAUGUAAAAUGUUGCCUCGUAGUUAACCCCACAACAGUACAGCUUCUAUUCUAUGAUAUUACUACAACCUACUUUUUCUACUAA